AUGAAGAACUGUCUUGGGGCAAUGGACGACACAAUGAUCUUAGCUGCUGCACCCGCUCAUCCAGGUAACGCAUAUAGAAAUCGACAUGGCCGGAUUGCACAAAAUAUCUUGUGUGCAUGUGACUUUGAUAUGAACUUCACAUAUGUGUAUACUGGAUGUGAGGGAACAACCCACGAUGCACGGAUUUUCCUGGAUGCGUUGAGUAGACCUGAUAACCAAUUUACUUGGCCAGCAUCAGGUUAUUAUUAUCUUGUCGAUGCGGCUUUUCCUUGUAUUGAAAUGUUUAUGCCGCCUUAUCCAAGAGAAAGAUAUCACCGAUCAGGUUGUUAUAAUGAAGAUGGUUUUCAGGGAUAUAAAGAUUAUUUCAACUAUCGACAUUCCUCGUUACGAAACAUUAUUGAACGCACAUUCUCUUUGUUGAAGAGGAGGUUUCGAAUUUUGUAUGCCAUGCCUCCCUAUCGCCCUGUCAGGCAAGGCAUGAUCAUUACUGCAUGUUGUACACUAUACAACAUGAUAAAAAUAGUGACUCCUAAUGAUGAAAUCAUUCAGGGCAUAUCGAAUCAUCGGUCAGAAAUGCAGAAUAGCUCUACUGAAAAUGAAUCAGGGGAAACAUCUCAUGUGGUCGACAUGUCCAGUGAAUCGGCCCAAGCAAUGGGGGCAAUGAGGGAUGCAAUUGCUUUACCAAUGUGGGCACAUAGAUUUGGCCAAUGA